AAUCAGGUGCAGCGUCGCAUAACGCUGUGAGGCUGUAGCAAAUUCCAGUUUAGCGAGCUAUCGACUUCCCCGGCCUGUGACGGCGCAAAGAGCGGAGGAAGAAGAAGAAGUUGAUUGCACAGAAAUGGUUGCAACGAACGUGAAGGGGGAGACGCUGUCUCUGAUGGACAAACGGGCUGCGAUGGAGGCGGAGAUGAACGCAAUCAUCGAGCGCCUCAAUCAACCUGGCGGUCCGGGGCUUUCCGGCAAUCUUGUUGAUUCUGAGGGAUUUCCUCGGACGGAUAUUGAUAUUGCAGGUGUCCGAGCCGAGCGACGUCGUCUUGCCGAGCUGCGUAAUGAUCACAAGGAGAUAAGUGAGAAAAUAAAUCAAAAUAUUGAAAUUUUGCAUGCAGCAAGACUUGGAAGUAAAUCGUCACCCUUCAAAGUUUCAGGUAAUGAAGAUGGACUUAAUACUCAGACCUCAUCAGCUGUUGAUGCUGGUUCGUCAUUGCAAAAUGUUCUUCUAAGGCAUUCUCCCACUUCCAUGGAUGUGGAUGUGGUUGUUAGCAUACCAUUUGCAAUGGUUGAUGAGAUAUCUGAUUCGUCACCGGCUGCUGAGGAUGGAUUACAACUUGGGGAUCAAAUUUUGAAAUUUGGCAGCGUGGAAGCUGGAGAUAAUCUGCUCCAAAGGCUAGCUUCUGAGUCACAGUCAAAUAUGGAUCGUCCAAUACCUGUUGUUAUCAUGAGGCAAGGUGCUAUGAUCAAUUUAACUGUCACACCCAGAACUUGGCCAGGCAGAGGUCUAUUGGGAUGUCAUUUUCGGAUCUUGUAGCUGCAAUGGUUUAUUGAUCUCAUGGUGUGACAGUUGGAAGAAUUUUGCCUUGCCGGUAUCCUUCGUCCCGUGUCUUGGUCCAGGCCUAUAGUGCUUUAUUUCAUAUUGGAAUGUUUGUUUUUGUGUACUCAAAGCCAUGACCUUUGAUUGUGUGGCUGUCGGGAUUCCAGAUUUUCUAUUCAUAUUUCAGUAUAAUAUAAACGCAUUUUGAGCUGUGCUUGUGGAAAUAUAGAUUAAUGUUCUUUAUUU